UGUCCAGGGCGGAGAAAGGAUGAUUAAGCUAUGUUGGGGUGAUCAAGACCACCUGCACUGCACUGUACUGUUACCCCAUACUUUCUUUCCCCAACCAUCCAGCUCUAAGCUUCCCCCUCCCCCUCCCACACCCACUCCCGUACCCACACCUCUUGGGCAGGAAUCUCCUUCUAUGCCUACCUACUUUGUAUCUCUCAAGGCCGGGGAUAGACGGUAGACUAUUCCGACCGCACGACCACUCCUCCCGCCAACAGCAAAUGAUCUGCGUGCGAUGUUGCUUUUGUUCCCUUCCACCUCGACUAGUUUAUACUCUGCUCGACACUUGGUCCUACAAUUCGCAAAUCGCUCCCCCCCUCACCUGGGCUAUAUUGACAGUGACAUGCACAAGGGUGAAGGCGAAAAAAAUAAAAACCCCUCUCACCAAAAGAGUCAGCCACCCCUGCAACACCCGGGAAAGAUUUUGUAUCUACAGCUAGCCCUGAGUACAUUACUAGAAGUUAAUGGGCGGGCGGGCCCCCCUGCGCGUGGACGGACCCUCUCGCCGUUAGAUUGGGCGGGGAAGGCCUACCACUACCAGACCAGCGCCCUGCGUGCGCUUGCACAAAGCAAAGUGCAUGGGCGGAUGCAAGUGCAGGCUGGCUGCGCGUUGCUUCUUGUGGGCUUGUGGGCUUGUGGGUUUAAACCCAACCCAUCGAUUCACCCCCCCAGUCUGAUCGCUUACCCUGGCAGUUAGUCGGUAAACCCGUUGUGUAACUGUUACCAACGUUUGACAACGGGCUGUCCAGGUGUCCGUCCUACUCAAGCCUAACCUCACUGUCCCAAUUAUGAUUAUGGUGGGGAGGCUCGAACUCAUGUAGCAGGACAGGAAGGCCGUAUGAAUUCUAAGUUGGUUUUGUUUUUUUUUUAUCAGAAAAAU